AUGCAGGCAGAUUCAUCCUGGUGUUGGACGAAAUAUAUUCAAUGUGCGAGGAAUACAGCUGAGCAAAAUACAGUGGCAUUUCAGUUUGGAGCUGAUAUCUACUUUCAAACGUAUAAAACCAUCAAACCAGGCGAGGAAAUAUUGGUUUGGUAUGCCGAAUACUACGAACAACAUCAUGGAAUUCCUGUUGGGGUGCGUAAGAUAAACAAGACCAAGGAAAUGUCAGAAACAG